AUGAGAUUGAUGAACGACGUGUUCAGGGAGUAUUUGGACGUGUUUGUCAUCAUUUUCAUUGACGAUAUUCUGGUAUACUCGAGGAGUCAGGAGGAGCAUGCGACUCACUUGAGGUUGGUUCUGGAGAAGCUUCGGGAGCAGAAGCUUUUUGCUAAGUUGAGCAAGUGCAGUUUCUGGCAGCGAGAGAUGGGAUUUCUUGGCCACAUUGUUUCUGCAGAGGGAGUUUCUGUGGAUCCGGCGAGGCUAUCAGAGAUUGGCCUAGACCUAGUAGUGCCACAGAGAUCAGGAGUUUUCUGGGUUUGGCAGGAUACUACAGGAGCUGAGUGUGAGGAGAGCUUUAGUCAGCUCAAGGAGAUGUUGACUACUACACCAGUGUUGGCGUUACCCGAGCCAGGGAAGCCUUACAUGGUGUAUACAGAUGCUUCAGGCAUUGGUCUUGGUUGUGUGCUGAUGCAGGAGGGCAGAGUGAUAGCAUAUGCUUCGAGACAGUGGCAGGGCAGUGAGCGUAACCGUCCUACACAUGACUUAGAGUUGGGAGCAGUGAUCUUCGCGUUGAAGAUUUGGAGGUCUUACUUGCUAGGUGAGACAGUACAGGUGAGCAUUAACUACCAUCCGGGCAAGGCUAACCUAGUGGCGGACGCGUUGAGUAGACGGAGGUAUGAUUCCGCAGUUGAGCGAGAUGUGGAGUCUCUGGUUGGCGAGAUCAGUACCUUGCGUUUGUGUGCCAUUUCGCAGGAGCCUUUGGGUUUAGAGGCAGUGGAUCAGGCGGAUCUACUUAGCAGGAUCAGAGUUGCUCAGCAGAGUGAUCAGAGUUUGCUGGAUGCGACGAGAGUGACUGGUUCUGAGUAUGAGGUCUCUGCGAAUGGGACUAUCUUGGUUCGUGGGCGAGUUUGUGUGCCUAAGGAUGUGGAGUUGAGACAUCAGAUUUUGGGAGAGGCUCACGCGAGCAAGUUUUCCAUUCAUCCGGGAGCGACCAAGAUGUACCAUGACCUCAAGAGGUACUAUCAUUGGGUCGGGAUGAAGAGGGAUGUAGCAGAUUGGGUUGCGAAGUGCAACACUUGUGCCUUGGUGAAGGCAGAGCAUCAGGUUCCGGGUGGUCUUUUGCAGAGUUUACCCAUUCCAGAGUGGAAGUGGGACAGGAUUACGAUGGAUUUCGUGGUUGGACUACCUGUUUCGAGGACUUUCGAUGCUAUCUGGGUGAUUGUGGAUCGGUUGACUAAGUCUGCACAUUUCUUGGCCAUCAAGAAGACAGAUGGAGCUGCUGUUUUGGCUAGGAAGUUUGUGCGAGAGAUUGUGAGGCUGCAUGGAGUGCCAGCUAGUAUUGUGUCAGACCGUGAUCCCAGAUUCACUUCAGAGUUUUGGAGAGCUUUUCAGGCAGAGAUGGGCACUAAGGUGCAUUUGAGUACAGCUUAUCAUCCGCAGACAGAUGGUCAGUCAGAGAGGACUAUUCAGACUUUGGAGGAUUUGCUGAGGAUGUGUGUGUUGGAUUGGGGUGGCCAUUGGGCAGAUCACCUGAGCUUAGUUGAGUUUGCAUACAACAACAGCUUUCAGGCGAGUAUUGGCAUGGCUCCAUUUGAGGCUUUGUAUGGGAGGCCAUGUAGGACACCCCUAUGCUGGACCCAAGUGGGGGAGCGCAGCAUGUAUGGAGCUACUUAUGUUCAGGAGACGACAGAGAAGGUUGGAGAUAGAGUUUAUCUCAAGAUGGCUAUGUUGAGGGGUCCUAACAGAUCCAUAGCAGAGAACAAGCUGAGUCCGCGAUUUAUGGGUCCGUUUCCAGUAGUGGAGCGAGUUGGGCCAUUGGCUUACAGGCUGGAGUUGCCUGAGAUUAUGAAAGCCUUUCACAAGGUUUUUCAUGUGUCGAUGCUGAGGAAGUGUCUUCACCCUACAGAGGAGUUAGUGGCUAGGAUUCCAGAGGAUCUUCAGCCAGAUUUGACAGUGCCGGCAGUGCCUGUGAGGAUUUUAGAGAGGAGGGAAAAGGUUCUGAGGAACAAGAGGAUUCCCUUACUGAGGAUUUUGUGGGAUUGCAGUGGUUCUACAGAGGAGACUUGGGAGCCAGAGGCAAAGAUGAAGUUGAAGUUCAGGAAGUGGUUCGACAAGCAGGUCGAGGAGUGA